AGUAUACGAUUGGGAAAUAUAUAAACCUGCUUAGAGAAGUAAGUAGGCAGCAAUACCAGCAGCAGCAGCAACAAGAGUACCACCAACACGAACAUUUCCGGCACCACUGGAGGUUCUAGUAGAAGAAGCAGUAGCGGAAGAAAUAGCACUGCUGACUCUAGAGGCAAUAGAAGAUGUACGGCUACCACUAGUAGAAGAAGCGGAAACAGAACCGGAAGAAGAGCCGGAAGAAGAGCCAGGAGAGAGAAGGCUAGAGACUGAGCUGAGGAAAGAAGUGGCUUGAGCAGCACCUACUUCGGUGGCAGCAGUAGCUUCGGCUUCAAGAGAGUUAGCGUGAAAGUUCUUGCCAUUCUUCUUCUUGCCAAACUUGUUGUCACCAGAUUUGCCACCAUGCUUCUUAUCAUCUUCAUCAUCUUCAUCAUCAUCGUGCUUAUUUUUGUGCUUGUGAUCGUCAUCCUUGUCUUCUUCUUUGUCAUCAUGCUUGAAUUGCUUGUGACCACCGAAAUGGUUGUAACCUUCUUCACCAUGACCCUUGUAACGUUCAGCACCAUUGUGUUCCUUGCGAUCACCGUAGUCGUUCUUCACCACCCUUGCGAUCACCGUAUAUUUUUCACCGCCCUUGCGAUCACCGUAGUAUUUUUCACCGCCCUUGCGAUCACCGUAGUGUUCUUUGACACCGUAGUGUUCUUUGCGACCGUAGUCUUCUUUGCGACCGUAGUCUUCUUUGCGACCGUAGUCUUCUUUGCGACCGUAGUCUUCUUUGCGACCGUAGUCUUCUUUGCGACCGUAGUCUUCUUUGCGACCGUAGUCUUCUUUGCGACCGUAGUCUUCUUUGCCCUCGUAGUGUUUUUUGCCAUUGUAGUCUUCUUUGCGACCGUAGUCUUCUUUGCGACCGUGGUGUUCUUUGCCCUCGUAGUGUUUUUUGCCCUCGUAGUGUUUUUUGCCAUCGUGGUCUUCUUUACCACCCUUUUGUUUAUCGCCAUUGAGUUCUUUGCCAUCCUUUUGUUUACCGCCAUUGAGUUCUUUGCCACCCUUUUGUUCACCGACAUUGAGUUCUUUGCCACCCUUUUGUUCACCGACAAUGAGUUCAUUUUCAGAACCAAAUUGUUCGUUCGUGCCACUGAGGCCCGUGUUUUCAAAGGGGAGGACCUACAAAAAAAAGUAAGUAUAUGGUAUAUUAAAUGCCAAUGACUCACACUAGGAGCAGCAAAAAGAGUGGUAGUUAAUGCAAUAAUAACAGGAGGCUUGUUUUGAAUCUCGAUGUUAUCAAUAACAAUAGGGAAAAUAGCAUCAUCCAAGGCAAUAGCAGUGUUCAUUUCAGGCAAUUGAACUACAGGAGCCCUUCCUUCUUGACCAGAUUGUUUGCCGCCAAAGAUCUUCUUGAUGCUAUUAAAUUCCUUGAUGUUUUCAACUUCAUUGGCAGCUACAAUAAAAAUAGGUUAGAUCAGGUAAUGAUUCAAUUCGUUUUCUUACAAGUAGCAGUUGCCAAAGCAGCAGUGACAGCUAAAAGAGCAAGA